UCUUGACAUUAAACUAAAUAAAUUAUUAAAAUACAAUUAUAAAAAUGCAAUUUUAAUAUGUAUUAUAUAUCUGAGUAUUUUAUUUUCAAAUAUAAAAAACAAUGAAGCUACCUUUUAACAAAAUUCUUAGGCCAAUGCUCAAGCCGUACUUGUCUCAUACAAAAUUGUUUUGCUCUUAUCCGACAUUUUCCUUCAGCUUGCCGUAUACUUAUGUGUAUAGUAUCCUUGGGGUGUGUCUCAGCGCACGUCGUUUAAAGGAACGCAUAGGAAAGGUACCAUUUACAAAUCAAGAAAUAAUUUCGGGCACCCAUCAUAGAAGAAUGAUUGUUCAUGAUUUGGAAAUCAUUGCAACUUCUUUAGGAUUCGUUCAAUAUACGUCUCUUUUAUUUGGAUGCUUGACAAUUAAUGCAACUAAUACCGAAAGUGACGACGGGAUACGUGUAAAAUUACGAGCACUACUGGUUGCACUUUUGGGUGUUUCAAUGUCAGCGUGCGCUUUCGCUUCACAACCUGUAGAGUUGGAAAUGGAAGAUGACGAUGUGACUAACAAACUCAACAAUGUCAGCUUUGCUAGAAGGAUAACUAAACCAACAAUACGUCUUAUGAUGGGUUACGGGAAAUUGAGCGCGUUUGUCACUGCAACAACAUCUCUAUUGCUGCUCGUUGCUGUUAUGUCUAAGCAAUCCUGGUGGCGUCGUGGUGCUCGGUGGUUAGCAGCCCCUGCGUUGCUCGUUGCAGCGUUAGAGGCUGCCUCCGAUGCGAGCGAUGCGCUGCUAGCAGCGGUUCUACGAGGCACAUCAAAUCCUAUAUUCGUCGUCGUCCAAACAUUUGCAGCGUGUUUGCUUAUCACCGUUGAGAUUCUCGUUUGGUACUUUAUUGCAAAAUUUUUUGAGUAUAAUCCUCCGGGGGCAGGGGACGAUAAAAAAGAAUCUGCGAUUGGACCAAUCAUUUCAAAUAAGCCGUUAAACAAGAAAUAUACGUAUCUUUGUAGUCUCCUUGCUUCAAGAGUUCAAGUAAAACUAACUUUCUCAGUGAGAUAGAAAGUAAUCUGAAUACAUCAUAUGUAGUAUCUGUAAAGGUAAUAAAUACAUUGCUAAUACUAAGAAUGUGAGCAACAUAAAAUUCUGGUGUCUCCAAACAAAUAUCCU